UUUGUUUUUGUUGUGGGUUAUAAAGGAGAUGGAGACUGAUCUAUCACCAAAGUUGGCGAAGAAGGUUUAUGGAGGAGAUGGUGGGGCCUACUAUGCAUGGUGCCCAGAAGAACUCCCCAUGCUGCGUCAAGGCAAUAUUGGUGCAGCCAAGCUUGCUCUCGAGAAGAAUGGAUUUGCCCUCCCCCGUUACUCUGAUUCUGCUAAGGUUGCUUAUGUUCUUCAAGGUUCUGGAGUAGCUGGAGUUGUCCUGCCUGAGAAAGAAGAAAAGGUUGUUGCAAUUAAAAAGGGUGAUGCUAUUGCGCUUCCGUUUGGUGUUGUUACAUGGUGGUACAACAAAGAGGACACAGAGCUUGUCGUCCUCUUUUUAGGCGAUACGAAAACAGGUCACAAAGCCGGUUCAUUCACCGACUUUUACUUGACGGGCAGCAAUGGCAUCUUCACCGGGUUCACGACCGAGUUUGCAAGCAGAGCCUGGAACUUAGAAGAAAGUGUUGUGAAAACCCUUGUUGAAAGCCAAACCGCCAAGGGAAUAGUCAAGCUCGAUGCAGGAUUUAAGCUGCCUGAGCCCAGGAGCGAGCAUCGAAAUGGCCUUGCCCUGAACUGUGAGGAAGCUCCGCUGGAUGUUGACAUUAAAGAUGGUGGAAAGGUUGUGGUUUUGAACACCAAAAACUUGCCCUUGGUUGGUGAGGUUGGUUUCGGCGCAGAUCUCGUUAGAAUCUAUGGCCACUCCAUGUGUUCGCCCGGCUUCUCUUGCGAUUCAGCUCUGCAGGUUACUUACAUUAUCAGGGGCAGCGGCCGUGCCCAGAUUGUUGGCGUUGAUGGCAAGCGCGUCCUAGAAACAACUGUUAAGGCUGGUAAUCUGUUCAUAGUUCCCAGGUUUUUCGUCGUCUCGAAAAUUGCUGAUGCUGAUGGUCUCGACUGGUUCUCUAUCGUCACAACUCCAGAUCCCAUUUUCACUCACAUGGCUGGAAGAACAUCGGUCUGGAAGGCCUUAUCCCCGGAAGUGCUGCAGGCAUCUUUCAAGGUGUCCCCAGAAGUGGAGCAACAAUUCCGCUCAAAGAGGACUGCAGAAGAAAUCUUCUUUCCACCCAAUUAAAGCGGGUUUCCCCAGUUCUUCAAAUAAGUCUAGUCUCAAGUAUAACGAGGUCGGAUGUCUCAGUACCGUAUUAGGUGGUUUUCCGGUGCUUAACACUGGACACA